AUGUCUCACAAGUACGAGCCGCUGGUCGACGACGAGCGCAGCCCGGACGCGGUCGCGGCGCGGGUGCGCUGCUGGCGCCGUCAAAUGGCGCUCAUCAACUUUGUCAUCUUCAUCGCCGAGGCUUCGCGGGGCAUAGUCAUGCCAACGCUCUUCCUCUACUGCCAGUCGCUCGGCGGCGAUCUCUAUGAGAUGGGCCUCCUAACUUCCGUCUACAGCGUCGGUCGCCUCAUUUCAUCGACCGUCUUUGGCUAUCUCUGCGACAAGUACUCGUUCCGCGCCGUGUACCUCAUGGCAGCAACCAUUGGCCUCGCCGGGAACCUCGUGUAUGUUGUCCCGAGCACGCGCGCGCUCAUCUUCAGCCGCUUCUUCGUCGGCGUGAGCUCCGGCAACCUCAGCGUGUGUCGGUCCAACGUCGCCGCCAUGACGACCGUCGACGUUCGGCUCAAAUACCUCACGAUCCUCGCGAUCUCCGUGUACUUCGGCUAUGCGCUCACGCCCGGCCUCGGCGGCGCGCUCACGAUUGUGGAAUUCGGAUUCUUCGGCUUGCCCAUCAACCCAUUUACAGCUCCGGGAUUGCUUCUCGCGAGUCUCCAUCUGGCUUCGCUUGUUCUUGUGGCGGCCGCGUACGACGACACGAUUGACGCGCGUGACGCGCCAAGCGACAGCGUGGCACGGUCCAUAAAGUCGGCGACUACUUCGAAGAUGAAUCUCUCGGACAAGCUCGUCUUUGCAGGUCUCGGUAUCUAUAUCUUCCUCAACUUUGUCGCGCGCGGCGUGCUCUCAAUCUACGAGACGAUCAACGUGCCGCUGUUUGUGCAAGUGACGGGUGACGCAAAAAACACGGUCGUGGCUGCAGCGGCCAAGUUCCAGUUCAACCUCGGACUCCUUGGGUUGCUUACAUAUCUAGCGAUUGAAAUCUGGCACCAUGUCAUCUCCGAUGGCAAGCUGCUCGUGAUUGGCUUUGCGGGCCUCGGUCUAGGCAACGUUAUUCUGGCGCUGCACGCGACACCGACGUACACGGAGUUCUGGACUGGCGUCUUCUUCCUCUGGAGCGUGGGCAGUCCGAUUACGACCGCGGUGUGCGUCUCGGCCUUCUCCAAGAUCCUCGGGACGCGCCAGCAAGGCAAGUGGAUGGGCCUCUUGGGCUCGGCGGCCUCGAUGUCGCGCAUCAUCAUGCCGAUGCUGCCAGCAGCCUUUUCGACGUUUACGCCGCUCUUUUGGAUCAGCCUCGUUCUCUGCCUCGUGGGCGCUGCGCUCUUGGUGCUCUAUGAUGUGGCAGUGACCCGGGAAGCGAAUGCGGCGCUGCUAAUGUCGCCCCCCGCUUCGCCCUCGAAUAGUCACGGAUAG